AUGGAUCCACCAAUCAAUCAACAACAGUUCUUGCAGAAAGAUUGGUAUGCUCAUAUCAAAUGGCUAAGAGCUGAAGUACAAGAGUGGGAAGUCCGAGUUGCUCAGCUGCUGGCUGAGGCGAAUGAAUUGAUUGCUCGAGCGAACGCACUGAAGGCUCCACUUGAGGCUCUAGAAGAUGCAGCGGAAGCUCUGGCGGAGGCUUGGGCUGAUGAACCGGAAGCGGAUCCAGUAGCAUGGAUAGGUGGAUGA